UCUCUUCCCCCAUUUAACCAUUUAGACAAAAUGGCGGACGGAGCAAAACAAAUGAUCAGCUUGAAUGUAAUUAGACUUUUACUCGUAUUCUGUCUGUCUUCACUAAAAUUCUCCACUAAUGCCGAGAAGAUAUUACGCAUGGCAAAUCUGGUUUAUCGCCAUGGUGACAGAUCAGCCAUUAGGUCAUAUCCAAGUGACCCAUAUGCUAAUUACUGGCCUCAGGGGUUUGGUCAACUAACCCAGCUUGGCAUGCAACAGGAAUACUAUCUUGGGAAAUUCCUGAGGAACCGCUACAUGGAAUCCACUAAUUUUUUAAACAGCUCAUACAUUCGAAAUCAGGUGUAUUGCAGAAGUACAGAUAAGGAUCGGACAAUAAUGAGUGCCCAGGCUCAACUGAAUGGACUGUACCCACCCAAAGGACCACAGGAGUGGAGGCAUAACCUUGACUGGCAGCCUAUACCAGUCCAUGUGGUUCCCAAGAAUCUUGACAAGCUACUCUAUUUUGAUGUAGACUGCCUGGUCUACUCUGAACUGAUGGACAAGGCCAUGAAAAGUGCUUCAUACAAGCGAAAGGAAGCAGAGUACAAAGACCUUCUCUCUGCCCUCGGCCCACAUACUGGGCGAAACGGAUCUCUUGACUUAACUGAAGCCUGGAAUCUCCAUGACACGCUCUUUUGCCAGAAAUGCCAUAACCUGACCCUCCCAGAGUGGGUGACAGACAGCUUGAUGGGUCAGCUUGCAAACAUCUCUCAGUUCAUGAUGAUGCUCAGCAUACAGACAGAUGAGAUGGCAAGACUUAAAGGAGGUCCCUUACUAGGGGAGUUUGUCAAGAACAUGAGAGGGUUUGCAAAUGCUGAAGAUGGAGUCAGAAAAGUUUACAUUUAUUCAGCGCAUGACAUCACAGUCAUGACUUUAUUAGCAGCGCUUAAGUUGAACAGCGGGGUGGUGCCCGCAUACUCCUCGGCGCUUAUGGUAGAACUAUAUGAGGACAAGGAUAAUAGGUCUGAGCCCACGGUCCAAAUUCAUUAUCGUUAUGGACAAAGUAACAAGGCAAGUCAACUCAUCAUACCAGGAUGUACAGCGGAUUGCCCCCUAAACCAAUUUAUCUCUUUGACAGAGAAGAUGAUACCUCAAGAUAUUGAUGCUGAGUGCGGCCUUAAAGACAAGACGUGCGUGAAGACCAUCCUGUAUAAAAGUUUUCUAUUGGCGUUCGCGUUGACUCUUGGGAUACUCAUCUUCAUGACCUUGACCUUGUGCUGCUGCUGGUGCGCGCGCAGGCGCUCAAGGUCACGUGCUGAACACGUGAAGUUUGACGACGGUUUGCUGAAGAACGCCAGUCUGCUUGGUAACCAGGACUACGACUCCGACUCCUGAGACACAGGUCGGUGACUUACAAGGAAGUUGACGGGCGAAAAGCUCAGGUUAACACGUGACCAUUGCUUCGCCCUGUAUUAGUAUGUCACAUCAGGGAAGUGUACACUUCCCUUCCUUACACUUCCCUGGUCAAAUUAGGGAGGGAGGGGGGUACUCUACGGAAAGAUGAAGGCCAAUGUUCAAUGGCUUAACAGGCCUAUUCGAGGCAAAUCGCUUCGACCUUUCGCCCUUUCUUUGGUCACACCGUAGCGAACUUUUUGAGCCCCCGCAAAGACCGCUUGGUAUUCGAGGAUGCUAAAAGAGGCUUUUAUUCGUUUAAAGUUAAUUAAACUGGAUAAGGGGGAGGGGGGUGAAGCUCAGUGGCUUUAAAGGGGUUGAUGGAGGCAAAAAUUUAGAUUUUCCGCAAGAGUAGGGAUUUAAAAACCCAGCCCCCUCCCCAGCUAACAUUAACUUACGUGAUCUCUUAGCGCAAAUCCACUAUUGGUCGGUUUCCAGAUAAUAGCUGUCCUGUGGUAUUUAUGAACCAAAGCGAGGCUGUAGCAGGCGGGAGUCUGUUUACAACACUGCCUUUUUUGCAUUUUCAUUUUUUUUUUUUUGGUUUUAUUUUAUUUUUUUUUUUUUUUUUUGAAACGGUAUUCUCAGAUGCUUGCCACAGAACUUGCAGAAAGUUCCAAAGAGAAAAUCUUCCUUUUUUUCGUGUGAAAUUUCGGGGAAAUAAGUAAGUAAGUGUUUAUUAGGGGUUUGCUAAAGACCCGUGCAAGCAGGGACAAAAAUGCUUUUGGCUGUCUGUUCUGCGAAAUAUUUUUUUAAACGUUUGCUUUGUCUUAUUGACAGCCGUGCGAACUGAGUAUAUAGAAUUUGAAUAGCUAAAUAUGAAAUGCAUUCCACGAAAUGCAUUCCACGAAAACGUGUGAAUUAGUAUAGUAUAAACAUAAUAUAUAAACAUAAACGAUCAAAUCAACAACAGCAACAACAACAACAUGAGCACCAACAUAGACAACAUGCAUUCACAAUAAAAACAAAUCAUCUUCGUAAGAAUAUUUAUAUAGUGUCAAGUGUUCCAGAGAGCUUAUGUCAGCAUUAUAUCUAUACUAAUAAUAUAUCUUAAGAUGAUGAGAUUAAUAAAUUAUUGUUAGCAAGA